CUCGCUAGCCUCGACCAGCGCGCCGUCUCCGUCCGCUCCUUCGACUGCCCCUCCGCCUCGCCUCGUCCCUUUGCGCGACCUUCAUGCCCUCGUACGGCUCGCUCGAUUCGCCCAGUCUUCAGAAAAUGGAACACCGACAGAGCUACGGCGGCCGCGCCCGCUUCAGUUUUGGCAACAUCAUUGGCGACCCGUUUGCCCUCGCAACCAUCUCCAUCUCCAUACUCGCAUGGAUCAUUACUCUCGUCGGCUCCAUCAUCGGGAGCAUGCACGGUGACUACCCCAACUACUCCUGGUGGGCUCUGGUCUACUUCUUCUUCUGCAUCCUCGGUGUCGCGGCCACCGUCGGCUCCGGUACCGAGGGCACCUACCAUGUCUCGAUUUCGAGCUACCUUGCGGCUGGCUUGGUCUUCACCACUUCCGCCGUCAACUCCCUGGUCUACAGGAAUGAUGGCGCCAAGGAAGCUGCUGCUGCUGGCUUCAUUCUUCUGUCCAUGGUAGCGAUCAUUUGGAUCUUCUACUACGGAUCCCAGCCCAGCGCUGCCCACCGCACCUUCGUAGACUCUUUCGCCCUGCACAAAGAUAGACAUUCGGCUGCUGCGAGGAGCCCCAGACCCAUGUCAAACUCAUACAGUGCGCGCCCCCAGACGUCCACUAACCCUGCGCCUCCGAUGUACACCUCCGCUCAGCUCACGGGCUUCGAGACUUCCUCUCCCGUCUCGGGCUACCCCGGUGGACCGGCCGGACACGAUCAGCGCGCUUCUUCGCAGCCUCGCUUCGGUAACAACGGCUUCAAUGGAGCCGGCAACUCGAACGAACCGGAAAUGCCUGCAACUAUGGAGUAUCCCUACCACGCCAAGGCAAUCUACAGCUACGAGGCCAACCCGGAUGACGCGAACGAGAUCAGUUUCUCAAAGCACGAGAUUCUGGAGGUCUCCGACGUCAGCGGACGCUGGUGGCAAGCCAAGAAGGCCACUGGCGAGACUGGUAUUGCGCCUAGCAACUACCUGAUUUUGCUAUAGACAGCAAGGACAGUUCUCCGCUGAUGCCGCCACGACUGCCUUUUCUUUUUGUUGCAUGGAUACCAGCUCCGGGGUCGACCACUUCCGGACAUAAUCGACCGGGCUUUCCUUUC